GUACGCCAUCUCCCAACGAUGCAGGAGAUGAAGAGAUUCUGCGGAGUUCCGGCUCGGAGGUUAGUGCGUUCGUCGAGGAUGUGGUCCAAGAGGCAUCGGAGAUCUCCAAGUUGAGCACAGCCGACAGGUUUCCACAGAAAGGAGCACGUGCGAAGCUGGUGGGCCUUAAAGCCAAGUCCAUGAAUGGGAAGGUCGUGAAGAUCACCAGCUACGAGAACAGCACGCAGCGGUAUAUCGUGAAGCUGCCAGACGGCUCCAUGCGCAAGGUCGAGGCGUCGAAGCUGCAGUCGACGGACGAGGCACCGCGGCCAAGGCUGUCUGUGUGCAAUGCCUACAAGCUGCACGAGCCAUUGAAGGUCGUCUUGAACAGCGAGACCGGCACAUCAAAGGUUCUGGCCAUGUUGGAUUUUGCCAGCUGCGAAGAUUUCGAGGAGCUGCCCUUCGACAAGGGCAGCAUAUCUUUGCUGUUGAGCUCGACGCAGGUUGCCAACGUGCCAUUCGAUCUCAGCGUGCUUGGAAGAGGGCGUGGAACAGAGCUGACGGUUGCUCCGUCUCCAGAAAGCACGGCAGGUUCGAAAUCCAAGGCGAAGGUGCUCCAAAACAUCGUCGAGCUGGAUGAUGGAGGCGCCUACUAUCUGCAUUUGGUCAACGCACACGCGGGAUCAAGGCCAGUGCAACUUUCCGUUCAACGCGGACCUGUCGCAAAGGUUUUGCCCAUGGACAAGUCGUAUCGUCUCGAGCGUGUCGAAGACAUGUCCUUGACGCUCACAGACGGGCAGAGACGCUUGCGGCUCGCCUUCAACCCGCAGAAGUCACGUACUUACUGCGCGAUCGUCACAGGUGGCAACGACGGGGAAAAUGACGAUGCGCAGAGGGUUGGUUUGGUCUUGCACAAGCUGGGUGAGUGGACAUCCGCAGAGCAGCUUGACAAGGAAGCUGUGUAA